AUGCCUUCUCCAGCGGAAAAGAUGCCCAUGUCCGACUCUGGACCGGGGGUUGGAACACAGCUACACGAUCAUCAAAAAGUUGGUUUGUCUAAAAUGCUUUUCAUGGAAAAUGACUACAGGUCGCUGUACGAGGCAAUGGUCAGGCACGAUCCUUCAAUCAAAAAUCGACGAUUUCUCGACUUAUCGUCUUUCCCACAUAUGUGGACCAAUGAAGGUGGAGAUCAAUGGAGUAAUCACUUCUCUCAGACUUUAGGAAAGGAGGUUCCAAGACCUCUUCAAGGCAAGGGUAUGAUUCUCGCUGAUGAGAUGGGUACCGGCAAAAGUCUGAUUGUUCUGGCUCUUAUUGAAGCUUCAGUCGGAGCGAUAGAUGAGUGGAUGAGCGUAUCAGCCAUCUUGUCGGAAGAACCUACCUACCGACUUCCCAAGGAAUAUCCGAUGUCCAAGAUCUUCAUCGACGAUGCACCCUCAGAUAAUCCGAUUUUACCCUCUGGAAAAGGCUGUUUCUGGCGAGAACCUGAAGAAAUUGAUUCCAACUACCAAACCACUUCGGCCACUUGUCAGAAAUCCAGAGCCACCCUGCUCGUGUGUCCCAAAUCGAUAAUUGGCGUAUGGGAAGAACUGAUCGAGUAUCACUGGAAAGGUAGAAAUGGUAGAUGGUGGACAUCUGCAGAGGUACUCCGACCUCAAGACCGCCCUUUGAUAGUAUAUAAUCAUUAUGAGAAGCAGAGAGAGGAGAAGAUAGAUAAACUCAAGAAUGCUUCGAUCGUCAUUACAACAUACGACGCUCUUACACUCAGCCACAGAAAGAAAGGGCUGCUUCAUAAAUUGCUCUUCUAUCGAGUCGUAUUGGAUGAAGGACACCACAUCUGCAACAGCAAGACUCAAAGGUUCAAAGCUGUCGAAGCUUUACGCAAGCGUCACAUUCACGUUCUCACUGGUACUCCAGUGCAGAAUCAUUUAUCUGAACUUUACGCCUACGCUAAGCUUUUCAAUCUUCCGAGUGGUCUCACGUCUCAAUCUUUUUUCGAGGGUAACAUCACGUCACCCGCUUUACUUCAGAAUACCAUUGCCAUUCGGGAGUUUGGCCAGAUCUUCUCACUUCGAAGAUUGAAAAAAGACCUCGGCGAUGUGGACCUGCCCUCGAAGACCAUCAAGGUGUUCUGGCUGAGUAAGAAAAUGCCCUUAGAAGCUUUGGAAGGGGUAGAAGAUAGGUCUCUAGUGCCUUGGACCAGUAGCACCACUCGUGCUGAAGAUGAUAUAGAAUCUCGAGCAGAAUGGCUCACUACCUUUAGGACUAGAAGAAAACAUUGGUGGGCAAAGAAGUAUAGACCUAUCACUGCUAAAGAAUCCAUCAAGAUGAAAUGGUUCAGAUUUUUCCUCGAAAACCAAGCUCAUGGGAAGAUCGUCGUAUUCCACCACUGGAAGCAUACCGCCAAGAUGGCGGAUAACAUCCUCAAAGAAAUGCAAUACGGUAUCGUCUAUCUGAAGGCUAACAUGAGCAUCGAAGAUCGAGUCAAAUACACUGAGAAGUUUAACAAGGAUUCAAAGCCAAAAUUGUGCUUAUUGGCGUCAAUCAAGGUCGGAGGUGAAGGGUUAUCUAUGGUAGGGGCGUCAGCCUGCGUCUUCUUAGACCUCAUGUGGAAUCCUGCUUGGCAUGCUCAAGCGAUGGACCGACUGCAUCGACAAGGACAAAUCAACCCCGUCACGGUCUACAUGCCCAUGACCCGAGCUACAUAUGAAGAAGAGAUUUGGCUUCGUCAAGAUGCCAAACGAGGGUUCUUGAACUUGAUCUAUCCGAAUGAUCCACCUGGAAAACUGCGACUAUGUGAUUAUCCUCCUGAACUAUUGCAAUGGCUCAGAGAUAACCCAGAUCCUCAAGAAGAAGGUAACGAAGACGACGAAGCUGAAGAUAUGGAUAUGAUGGGAGGUGCUGAGGCGUGA